GUUUGACGAUUAAAUAUUUUUUUCUGACGUCGUUUAGCCAGGCUACAUUUUGUCAAAGUCCCCAGAAAGUUGAGCAGUUUCUCGUGCUAAAUUCAAAGUCCAACUUCCAACUCUUUAAAUGUUUUGUAACUUUCAGUCAGCAAAGCAGUGAAUUAUGAGUCGCAUUGGAGACUGUGUGAACGCUUAUCAGCCGCUGAUGGCCACUCUACCGCCUUCCAGAAGCUACAUUCCGAAGAACUUCAUCAAAGCGUUCGGAACUGCCGCCUAUUGGCUGCUGCAAGUGACUUUUUUACUCGCAAGCCUGUCUUUUAGCCUCAUCUGUAAUCCCAUUGUAUGGUUUUUGCUGAAAACCAGCUUCAACGUACUAACAGAAGUCUUCAUCUACAUGGUAUUGGGGGCGUGUUCGUUCUUGAUUAGUCUGAUCACUCAUGUCGAUGAAUAUUAUACUAAAGGAAGAGAUCAGAUGAGAAAGUAUCAGACGAAUGCUGAUGCAAAAACUGAAGUCACCAGGAGCGGCGUUCACAUUCAAAAUUGUACGAUUAAGCGCUUUCUCGAGAAGCCCUAUGACUCCUAAAUUGUGUUUGCAGCCAAUAAAUUUAGUUUAACAAGAAAAGGUGAUUUAUUGAAGAGAGAAAAUCGCAAAACUCCCAACUGACCCUAUCCAUGAAACUAGCGAGUUUUACGCGAACUGUUAAAUGCAACGAUCGAUUUAAAUAAAUAUGUUCAGGUCAUAAAAAUUAUUUC